CCGAUUUUUGUGAUAAUAGUAGGCCUAGCGCAAAAUGGAAUUUUAUUAGUUUUUGCCCGUUAACCUGUUAUAAGCCUCUGGUUCCGGAGUGUAGAUGUUGCCCGACAUAUAUCGGAAAUAAGAAAGGAAAUCGGAAGAGGAAACAAGGAACUCAUCCCAGAGGAAAGUUUUCGACGAAAGAGGAGUCGAGUUCAUCUCUUGUUCUAAUUUCUUUCGCAAUUAUUCAGGCACGCUUGAAGCUUUGCCCGAUUUGUUUUUGGAGGCCGAGAGUGGCGAGAAGCAGAGCAGUAAGCUUCUCAAUCGUUCCUUCCUCUAAUUUCUGAAGGCACUCAAGGCCUGUGGCAGAGGCAGGAGACCGACAGUUUAGCCUUUGGUAGCCAGACAACUGCAUCAAAAUUGUGCCCAAUCUCACAUUUUUGUUUGAACCUAAUUUCUGUUUUUCAUAUCAGAGUCUGGGCCCUGUUUAUGACGCCAAAUUCCCCCCGUCAGUGUGCCUCUUAUAGUUUGUAUGUUUUGGAUGUUGCAACCGUUGGUGCAGUCAUGCAACCAGAAACUGUUUCUGUUCAGAUAGCCUGGCCGUCUUCAUUUUAUGCCCUUUGCGGAUAGUUUGCUACCCAUAAACUUUUCUCUUUCACAAGUUGAAAAAUUCAUACCCAAGAAGUGGCGACAAAGAGUUAAAGUGUCAGACAUUAAAAAGAAUAUUGAAUCCCUUGUUUCUAGUUCUCAUGAACCUGUAAGGACUCAGAUACCCUAUGAUGAAUCAAUGGUGGAUUGCUUACUAUCGACUUUGAAGGAUUUUGUAAGUGAAGGUCAUUUAUUGAAAGCUUUUAGAACUUUUGGUCUUAUUCAGUUGAAUGUACCCUCACAAUCUCCAUGUCACACAGUGCUACAUUCCUUAUCAUCUCUCUUCCAAUGUUGCACGGAACUUAAGUCAUUUAGUGAGGGCAAACAGCUACAUGCCUAUGCUAUUACUUCUGGUCUUGGACACCAUGCCAUGUUGGUUCCUAAAAUAAUCACCUUCCACACAACAUUUGGUUUACUUCUUGAUGCUCACAAAGUGACUGAAACAUCAAAUGUUUUGCAUCCUUUGCCAUGGAACCUUCUCAUUUAUUCCUAUGUAAAAGUUAGGCAGUAUGAUGAUGUUCUAUCUGCUUAUAAGCAAAUGGUAAGUAAGGGAGUUUGGCCAGAUAAAUUCACCUAUCCAUCCGUUCUCAAGGCUUGUGGAGAACAGGCAUAUCUUUCUUUUGGAAGGGAGGUUCACAAGUCUAUAGAUGCUAAUUCUCCGAAAAGAAACUUGUUUGUUGAUAACGCUUUACUGUCAAUGUAUGCUAAGUGUGGGGAACUGGAUAUUGCUUGUCAGAUCUUUGAACGAAUUCCAGUUAAGGAUGCUGUUUCUUGGAACGCGAUGAUUUCUGGAUAUGCCUCUAAUGAUAUGUGGAGUAAAGCCUUUGAUCUUUUCGAAAGAAUGAUUUCUAAAGGUAUUGAGCUGAAUAAUAUCACUUGGAAUACCAUAGCUAGCGGGUGCACAAAAACGGGCAACUUUGAAGGUGCUUUUGAGUUGCUCUCUCGGAUGAGAAAUUGUGGGUUUGUGUUGGAUCCUGUGGCUGUUCUUAUAGGUCUAGGAGCAUGUUCUCAAACUGGUUUGAUAAGGAUCGGGAAAGAAAUUCACUGUUUGGCCAUUCGGAGUCAUUUUGAGGAUUUUGAUAAUGUAACAAAUGCAUUGAUUACCAUGUAUGCUAGAUGCAAAGAUCUAAAACAUGCAUAUAUUCUAUUUCAGUUGAAAGAGAGAAAAAGUAUAGUUUCCUGGAACUCGAUCAUAUCUGGAUUUGCACAUUGUGGUAGAUACGAGGAAGCCUCAUUCUUUUUUCGGGAAAUGUUGUUUUGCGGAUUUGAACCAAAUUAUGUGACAAUAGCAAGCAUACUUCCAUUAUGUGCUCGGGUUGCGAAUCUCCAACAUGGAAGAGAGUUUCACUGUUAUCUCUGUAAGCAUGAAGGGUUUCAGGAACAAUUGAUAUUAUGGAACUCUCUUCUGGAUAUGUAUGCAAGAUCAGGAAAAGUGUAUCUAGCCAAAAAUCUAUUUAAUUAUAUGAGCAAGAAAGAUACAGUGACAUACACUUCAUUAAUAGCUGGAUAUGGUGUCCAAGGAAAUGGAAAAGAAGCGAUUAGACUUUUCAUGGACAUGAUUAGGUCCCACAUAAAACCAGACCAUGUCACCAUGGUUUCCAUAUUAUCAGCUUGUAGUCAUUCUGGUCUUUUAGACCAGGGAGAGAAACUAUUUGAACUGAUGCAAAGCGUUUAUGGCAUAACUCCUCAACUGGAGCAUGUUUCCUGUAUGAUUGAUCUCUAUGGAAGGUCAGGUUUACUAAAAAAGGCUCAACAUAUUAUCAUGAAGAUGCCAUUUGAGCCAACGGAGGAAAUGUGGGCCACACUGAUUGGGGCAUGCAGAAUCCACGGGAACACCGAGAUUGGUGAGUGGGCAGCCGAGAAAUUGCUGGAAAUGAGGCCAGAUAAUUCUGGGUACUAUGUUUUGAUAGCAAACAUGUACGCUGCUGCUGGUAGUUGGAACAAACUGGCUAAAGUAAGAACCUUAAUGAGGGACUCAGGUGUGAGGAAAGAUCCAGGCUGUGCUUGGAUUGAUAUGAAGGCUGGUUUUUCCUCCUUCAUGGUUGCAGACACCACAAACAGUCAAAGAUUGGAAAUUUAUUCUCUGUUGGGAGGGCUGACUAGGCAAAUAAAAGACGCUUCACACUCUUCUAAUGAAGAGUCGACAUCAGAUGAAGAAGAAGCUUAUGAGGCAUUGGCUGCGUAGAUCUUUGACGAGCCAGAUCGUCUGAACUGACGGUUCACACUUUUCUUGUUGAUUACUUGAUUGUUUGUUGGAAAUGUUUCUAUUGAAUACAGCUAUCUAAAUCUGAGAUAAUGAUUUUGUGAAUUUAAAAUGAGUAAUGAUUACCAUUUCAUCAUUCACACAAAUCGAUAAAUUAUUAGAUGACUUAUCGACUGUCUUGCUGGAGGAUUAAUAUCACAAAACUGGAGACGAACCAGACUAGGCUCUUAUAUUUUCUUAUUCAGAGACUUGAGCCAAUUGUAUGCUUCAUCUUUCAUUUUCAUAGUGGUUUAUGUCUGCAGUUUGGAAAGAAAAGCCACCCAGAAUGUGCUAGGUUCUCCCUAGACGGGCAAUUUCUUGUCUCCUGCUCUGUUGAUUGAUUUAUCAAGGUAUGGGACCACUUAAAUGGAAAAUUAAAGAUGGAUCAUCAAUAUCAGGCUGAUGUGUAUAACAGUUGUAAACCGAUUUUUCAAAGCUCUAAGCUUUCCAUUCGGGAGAAAAUGGUGGAUAGUGUCUACAGUACGUCAGAUUCUUCCAGAGAACUACUUGGUAAUUAGUACAUAACGUUACAUGGUUAUUUGGUUGCAUAUGACAAUGUCAAGCAGCGGAUUGGAUGGACAAAAUCAAACUGUGCCAUACCAAAAAGAUUUAUGAGUUUUCCAUUUCCUAGAGACAUCUUUGUAUGCAAAGCUUUCUAGCAGUUCCGAUGUAAUUAGUUAGUUAAUUAAUUAUAGAUGUAAUAUGGGUUAUACAGUACCAAGGUGAUGCACAUAUAUUAAUAAAUGCA